AUGGAACAAAUUAACAUUUUGCAAAUAAAUGUUUUACUUAAUGAAUAUUUUUUAAAAAAGAAUACUGCUAUUGUAAAUGUUUUACCAAUAUUUGUAUUAGAAAAUAAUACAAAUGGUAAAUUUGUUAAUGUUAAACAAUUAAAGUAAUUAAUCUAUAUUUCUGAUACAAUCCUAAUGUAGAUAUAUUUUACAAAUUCAUAUAUGUAGCUAAUGUAUUAAUAAUAUAUGGGCAGUAGGGGUAACUGCUCUAUUUAAAUCUUAUUGAAAAAAAAUUGUGAAAUAAUAUAAUAUUAUAAUAAUAAAUCUACACUUUUCUUUCUAGAGAUUUUAAGUGAGACUGUUUUUCAUUUGGAUAAUAAUUGUGUAUCUCAAGGAGUUGAAAAUGAUGAAGAAAUUAUGUGUUUGAAUAAUGAAUAUUGUCAAAAAAGAUCAAAAUUACAUCAUUUUCACCCGAUUCAAUAUCAUAUUCUAAAUUUAAGAAAGUAAAUUUUUAUUUAAACAUGUUGGUAUAGAUAAUUAUUUAUUUAAUUAUAUAGGCAUCUAUAGUAUUUACCUUCAAUUAAAUUAUCGAAGAUACUCAUUUUGUAAUUUUGUAUUUUACGAUAUUAGUAUAUUACGAUAAUAAUAAUGAUAUGUAUGAUAUAACAUGCCUUAGACGCCACACCGACGGUUUAACGAGGAGAAAUAGUAAUUCUGGAGGGGAUGAUGAAAAGUCACCGAUCGCCACCGUCUAUCCGAGAUUUGUCACCAGUGUGACCGGUGAAAUCAAACAAAUUUCAUCAUUUUGUAACCAGUUCCAAUUUUGAGGGGUCACCGGUUACUCUCAAUAAAUUUCUGUUAUAAUUUUUACUAAAUAUAUUAUUGAAAAAAAAUAGCGAAUUUCAAUAGCCAUAAACCUUCUCCGGACAAUCCGGAACAUUUUACGAAAAACUGCGUUAAAAUAGGUCUAGCCGUUUUCACGUGAUGCGAUGACCAAGGGAAAUAGUGAUUCAUUUUCAUAUAUAUAGAUUAAUAUUUCUGUAAGCAACGAUAAACCAUUGCUUACUAAAAACGAUUCUGAGCAGAGUUCAGUUGAUAGUGAUGCUUUGUCAACAAUAUAUGUGUCAUGUUAUAAUAAAAAAAAUUUAAUAGGCGUUAUAUAUUUUCUUUAAUAAUAUUUGUUUAAUGUUGUACCGAUUUUCCCAUUUUUUCUACGUUUUCCCUUGUUUUCUCAUGUUUUUUCUCGGUUAUUCACAUUUGUUGAGAAAACUCUAAUAAAAAAAACUACCUCCCUAAAGUACUUUCCUAGUUCAGGUUUUCUUUCAGAAAAAGAGUACCAAUAUAAAUUGGAGUAAAUUGCUGGUAGAAAAGUUGGCCACAGAAAUAAAAAAAUAUUUAUUAUAUUUAAUAUACUUUGUACAUUUUCUCAUUUUUUCCCUUUCAUUAGGAAAAUUUCCAGGAAAAUAAAAAAAUGAUCUCCAUAAAGUACCACCACAAGAAAAAUUUCUUUUCAGAAAAGGGUUUAGAUCGUAUAUAUCAGAGUAAGCUUUCUAGUGGAAAAAGUGUUCACAUAAAAAAGAAAAAAAAGAAAUAAACAUCUUUGUAAAACCAAUACAUUAUUUGCUACACUCAGAAUCUAAAACUCGACGAUAUGACGAUAUUUAUUUUUAUAACAAUUGCAUUUAUAUUUACAUAUUUGUUGACUUCUUUUUUUAUUAUUUAUACCAUUUCAUUUUUGUGAGAUUGACUACAGUAAAUAACAAUAUGUGUGAAUUAAUCAAGAGUUGUUCAAUUAAUAAAUCCUGUGUUUUAUGUAAGUUAUUGUCAAAUUAACUAAUUUUUUUUAACACACAAUUUCGAAGAAAUUAUAAACUUUAAACUAUAGUAUUAAGGCAAUUAUUAUUAUAGUAUUACAAUUUCCCAGUCUACUUAAUCUACGUAUCUAUUUUAUUUUUUAAGAUAAUUAAUUUUGUUUUUUACUUUUCGUGUAUACCUCUCAAAUAUCGUGUAACACAUACAUGUAAACAAAUAUAUUAAAUAUAUACUAUAGAAUUAAAUGACAUUAAUCAUGACGGCAACGUUUUAUGCGAACCGAUUACAUAUGGGCAGGUAUACAUCGGAAGGUAGUUCCUUAUCCUUUCGGGCACAUUUGUUUACAUCUCUCUGGGCACGAAUGGGCUACUUUAGGGCGAAAAUGGGCUGUGCGUAAAAACCUAACCUCUAUACAUUUUACAAGACGAUUUCUUAAUCCCAGUCUUAUCGCGUAAACAUUGGUCGCUUUACUCUAUUUCCCUAUACAUUAAUUUUCCUUGUAUCUUACUCGUUAUACUACAUCCAAAAUGCUCACCUGCCGACUGUAUCCGCUCCCAUAGGAGUAUCCGGGGAUCUCUAGCGGUGUACAUAAAUUCAACCAAAAUGUUUGAAUUUCGUUCCGGUCUUAUAAAAAAAUUAAAUCCCGAGUUUGAGUUCAUUCGGUCUAUUGGAGAGAGCCGUUAAAAGUUCUGGGAAACUUUAGUCGAUAUACAAGUGUUUCACGAUGAUCUGCCACUUAAAAUAACUUUUGUUCCAUUCAAUAUAUUUUUAAAUAAUUAGUAUGCGUUUGUACUACAGUUAAUAUCUUAAAAAAGUGUAGGUAAGGGAACAUUAACAUACAAAUUUAAAAUUAUACUAUAUUUUUUUUUAAAAAAGUUCAAAAUAGCAAUUUCGUAAAUUAGAUUUUUGUAAAAUCUGAUGUUUUUCUUUGUGUAUCUGGAAGGAACUUUUUUUCUGGCACCUUUUCUGAAAAGAAAUUUUUUCUAGUUGGUGCACUAAAAAAGUUAUUUUUUGAUUUUUCGAUUAUUUUAGAUAAUAAUUGGGAAAAUCGAAAAAAUGAUAUGGCGUACGGUUUCAUAGUUUUAAAUUAUUACCUACGAUGUUUUUACCAGAAAUAUUAUUCCAAUAAAAAAACGAUAAAAGCUUUUUUUUCAAAAUAUGUAAAACCGAACUUCGCUCAGAAUAAUUUUUAGUUAAUAAUGGCUUAUCGUUGCUUACAGAUAUAUAUUUAAUUAAUUUUUUAUAUACUUUAUGGAACGUUUGUGUGUGCAACUGUGUAAAAUAAAUUGUACACCGAUUAUUAAUAAUAAUUAAUAGUACUGAUAAAUAAAUAAAACCUAAAUAUUUCAUAAUACGUAUAGUGACAUAAUAAAAAGUAUACAUUUUUUUUUGUAUGUAUUUAUAGCAUUAAAUUAUGCAUACUAUUACAUACCAAUUAUGUAUUUUGUUCAGGUCAUACUUACACGAAACAUUAACUUGAUUAGUGUGCCUACUAUAUUCCGUAUAUAUUGUAUAAAGUUUAAUAUUUGAGUAUACAUUUCAUAAACGUUUGGCGAUGAACGUUUCGUUUUGUUUUAUUAUAUUCAUCGUCGUGGAUCUAAUAUCAAAGAUCCAAUCGCAAGCCGGUAAUAAUUCAACUUGCAAAGGUCAGUUCUUAAUUUUAAGUGUCUUGCUCGUGGUUCUUUGUUUCGAAUCGUUAACAUUUACAUUUAACGAUAGUAUUAACAAGUUUAAUCAAGUUCAGUCGGUUAGAAUUAACCCUUACAAUUUUAAAUCUCUAACUGAAAAUCGAAUUGAGUUUGAUGUUACCUUUAUUUAUAAAUUAUUAAAUAAUGAUAUUGAUGUCCUAAAUUUACUUUCUAAAUUAUCUUUGGCAGUUCCUUCUUUUUAUUCAAGAUAUCCAGGGUUACGCAGCCCCUCUUGGUCGUGCUUGUCGUUCUCUUAAUAAUUUGUCUAAUAUUGAUAUUUUUUUUGAUUCAUUGUCAUCUAUAAUUCGAAAAUUAUAUUAGCUAUUACUCAUUCUCAACUUAGAGUUAUUAGCUUUGUUCCUUCUUCCCGUUUACCUGUAUUCUUAAUGCAAUAUCCAUUAUUAUAAUCUGUACUGUACUAUGCACUUGAGGUGUUGAUACAUACAUAAAUGUGUUUAGGUAUGGUAUUUUAUUUCCUAACCUAUUGAAGGUUUUGCAAAUGUUAAUAUUAUUCUAGUUUAUAAUCUAUUAUAAUAUUUAAUCUAAGUAGUUCGAGCACAUCAAAUGACAAGGAUUUCAUUUUCCAUGCGUUAAUGUCAUACGGUAUUACCACUAAUUUGUUUAAUGAGAUGUACAAAUAAAUUUGGUAUUGCAAAUACUGGGGAAACAUUUCCCUGACACUCGCAUAGAAAAAUCGCGUUUUCUCGUCUUAAGAAGUUUGUAUACAUUUUUUUUCUGUACAAAAUUAUAAAAAAAAACUAUGUAGGUAAUACUGUCAAGGUUUAAAACUUAAUACCAAUUGGUAUUGAAAUUAGAAAUUGGCAGUCCUGACGAAAAGGACUUCGUAUCGGCUGAUUCUCGAAAGAUAAAAAAAAGACUAAAAAAAUAUUGGUCUCCGGAUAUCAAAUUUUUAAAAUGUCAUUAUUAUAAUAGAUUGAAUUUGAAAAAUGUUUCAAUACAUUGAAUUUCACUUUGUUUGUUUUUUUUUUUAUAGUAAUUGGCUAGCACAAUUUUUCAAUGAACAAAUACUUGCUUAAUCGUAUAAGUAUACUUAUUUACAAAAAUCUGUGUGUGAUGUACAUCAUACACAGAUUUUUUUUUUAAAAAUUUGGUCUAUUAGACAAUACUCAUGACAAAAUACGUACAAUAUGGCAUACGUCGUUCACCUAUUAUCAAUUGUUUUUAUCAAUUGGCAAAAAACUAAUUUUGUCGGAAUGUCCAUUUGUCAUUGGUAACCUGCAUCAUACUUUUUACAUUUGCCCAAUACUUAUACCUUUUCUUUCUUUAACUUAUACUAGCAUAAUACACACCUAUAUUGUCAUAGUAGUCUUUUAGAUCUUAUACUAUCUAACUUAAAAUGUUCAAUCUGUUCAAAAUAGAUUUUUGAAGAUUUUGAACUAAAUAAUUUAAUCGAGUGUCAGCUGACGAACUUUUAUGGUUUACAUUUUUGUAUAGUCAAUUAAAAACUAUUAAAAAUUAUUUAAAAAAAGCGGAAUGUCAAAAAUCAUCUGCAAAUGAUAUAAUUAUUAUAUAAAACCUUAUCGAAAAAAUUGAAAAUAAGAAACAAAAAAAAUUUCCAACCAUAGGAAUUCAAAAUGUAUUAGCGCAGCUUAAAAAUGAUGGUAUCAUAAAAACAAAUUGUAUUGAUGACAAAUGUAACACAUUUUAUGAGCUUUUUUUUGAUUGUUUGAAAAAUCGGACUUGAUCAAAUACACGUAAAUUAGAUAUAAAAUCGAUGUUAUAGGCAACAUUGACAUUGAAAUCGGUUGUUAAAUAUUUAUAUUAAUAUCAAAAGAAUAUAGUUAUAUAUUAUAAUAAAUAACUAUAUAUUAUGACAUUAAUCAGUGUUGUAGGCACCUCUACAGGGUGAUUUUAUUAUCAUGAACCAGCAAUUAUCUCGGAGUUUUUUUUAAGUUAAUUUGAUUUCCGUUUUUUCUAACCAUUAUGGAAUUGUUUAAGCUUUAUUUAAAUAAUAAUUUGGUAACCUUAUCUAAAAGAAAAUGCUCACGUAUUACAUCGACAAGUAAUUAUAAUUUAUUAUAAUUCGAUUUUCGUUACUUUCCGUUCUUUUUGUUUAAAAUUAUAGUUUUAAAUUGACUAUAAACUAUAAUACGAGAAUUCAUCAAAAUUUAUUUUUAACAUUGGGUACCUACGCGUUUAAUGAUAAUGAUCAAUUUUAGGAAUGACUAUCAACAUUAUUUUCAUUAUAAAAUUAUUAAUAUUAUUUUUGCUAUACUUAUUUGGCUUUGAUAUUAAGGCUGUUAACGUUGUGAAAACUUGCAAUUAUUUAUUCAUGUUAGUUAAAUUUUUUUUUUAGGGCUUGGAUCCGCUGCAUGUACUUGUUUCGGUAGUAUUAGCAGAGUGUGUGUAGGCCAAUUCGACGUACCAAUCAACCAACUACCAAACCAGUGUACUGCGUACAUUUUUAAUGGUUUAACCGUGGAUAUAACGUAUCACGUUUCUGACACAUUUUCACAAACCGAUCAAGGUAAGUAGAUAAUUUUAUACAUAAAAGUAUGAUAAUAAUAUCAUCAAAUUAUAUUUUUGUGCUUUGUUGUUUAAAGCAUAUUUGGAUAUGCUUUUGAAAACCGGUACGCCCGUAUUCGUAUAUUACGGCCAUAUCAGUGAACAAGAAUGGUCUCAAGUCCUUGCUUGCGAUGCAGGUUGUUCGGGAGUCAACGCUAAAGACGAAAUGGUAGGUCUAAAGGCUUACUUAAAUGAACAUAAAGGAAUAACUGGACUUAUUCUUACGGGUUUCGAAUAUGGCGUAAGCAUUGAACUUCAUUAAUAUUAUUAUUAUCAUACGAUGUGCUUGAAUUGGAAAAAAAUAAAAGGGGAUGCAAAGGCGUUAAAAAAAAAUAAAUGUGAUUAAGUACCCUAAGAAAUAAGUGCCAUUCAAUAUUAUUCAAUGUUUAUUAUGAAAAAUUAAGAGUAGGUACCCUAAAAUCAUUUUUUUAUUAAAUAAGAGGUACUUUGUCCUCCCUUCUCACCAAUUCAAGCAAUGAUCACAUAAAAAUUGAAAUGUAAAAAAUACAACCCUAACUAAUCAUAAUAAGUAAAACCUGUAAAACCCGAUUCUAGUUUUAUUUAAUUUUGAAAAUUCUGAAUUGACACUGAUAGAGUAUCGUUAUGUUUGUAGGCUACGUCAGAAGAGUUUUGUCAUUAUACUGAUAAUUUAAAAAUAUAUCUCGAAGUAUUAAACAAAACCUUUCCGGGUUUAGAAAUCGGUAUAAACAUACCAGCGAAUUUUAUUAUAGAUAACUAUAAAAAUGCAAAUGUAGAAUGUAAGUAAUUUUAUUAAGUAUAUGUAUUUAAUAUUUAUGUAUUUUAAUUUAUAGUAUUUAAAAAAAUAUGUUCAUAUAGCUGAAAUUAAGCAAUGCAUUAAAGCUGAUACUUUUUAAGCAAUGAUAUUUUUGAAAAUUAUAAGGAAAUGAGUAAAAAAAGUAAACACGAAUUGUGUAAAAGUUGAUUCUAAAUUUGUCUUAAUUAGACUAACAAGGUCCAUUAACGACUUUCUGGUUGAGUUUAGGAAUAAGGGACCUAUUAAAAAUUUUACUUUUUUAAUUUUUCAAUUUCCUAAUGAGUUAUUGGUUAAAAUCAAGAGAAAAUUUAAACAUUUAUAUCUUGUUAAAAAAAUGAAAUAUAAAAACAUGAAAUAAUAAAUAAUGUAUAAUAUAUGUAUACACAAAAGCAACAAUGGACAAGAUGGUUAAAUUUCCUACCAUACAGAGUAUAUCACUCAUGCCUUGUGACUUAAUAUAAUUAAAUCCUUCACACAAAGAUUAUUUUGUUUUUAUGUUUUAAAAGGGUUGAACUUCAAAGAUAUUGAUGCUUUUGUGGAAUUCUAUGUAGUUUCUUUCAUCGAUUUUAAUCAGUGUUCAUCUGCUUUCUACGUUGGCGGUACUGUUCCAUGGAAUGGCGAUUCAGAUUACACAAUAGUAUUGAAAUAUUGUUUGUAAUUCAAAGUAAAAUCAAUUACACAUAAAACUUAAAUUUUUUUUUUACAGGAAAAAGCACUUUCAGCGCUACAAAAAUCGAACAUUUCAAAGAAUAAAAUACACUUAAAAUUCCCAUUAAAUCCAACAACAAAUGAUCCUGACGCAUCUUCUUGUUAUAUAACAUUUCAAAAGGUACGAACAUUAAAUUUCAAAAUAGGUACCCAAUAAUCUCGAAUUGUAUGUCUGUUAUAUGUGAUUUUUUUUGUAGAGUUACUAAUAAUUUAGAAAAUUAUGUGUUUAUUUAGGUAGGAUUCAUAUACCGCUAUACACAAAUGGUCACAAUACAAUUUGAUUUAAUUAUAACAUUUACAAACAGCAUGAAAAUAUUAAGUUUCUAUGUUUAAUAAUUCAUUAAAAAUUAAUUAUUAAUUAUUAUAAUGUUACAAAAAAAUCAUAAAAAGACGGACAUACUUCGCUCGAGCCGAGUGCAGUCACUGUUGUUGGUGAAAAGUUGGGAAGAUAGGGUAAAGAGGGAAAAUUAAAUUGUAUAUGUAAUCAAAGAUAAACCAUUGCUUACUAAAAGCGAUACUGAGAGGAGUGAUGCAUUUUCAACAAUAUGUAUGCCAUAUUAUUGUAAAAUAAUUAAAUAGGCUUUAUACAUUUUCUUUAAUAAUAUUUGUUUAAUGUUGUACCGAUUUUCUCAGUUUUCUUACGUUUUUCCCGGUUUUCCUAUGUUUUAUCCCGGUUUUUUACAUUUGAUUAGAAAACUCCUGAAAAAAUCGAAAAAUGAAAUUUCCUUUCAGAAAAGGGUCUACAUCGUAUACUUCGGAGUAGGUUUCCUGGUAGAAAAAGUGUUCACAUAAAAAAAAUAAAAAUAAAAUAAACAUCUUUGUAAAACCAUUACAUUCUUCGCUACACUCAGAAUCUAAUAUAAUAAUAAUAAUAAUAAUAAUGAUAAUGAGCAUUUUAAAAAUCAUAAUCAUAAUCAGCAUUUUAAUAAGAAGCAUAAUAGGUUACAAUAAUAAUUAUAAGCAAUAAUAAUAAUAAUCAUCAACAAAUACCCUUAUUAAACUUAUGAUUAUGAUUAUUAGUGGUUAUUUUAUUAAAAUACUGAUUCUGAUAUUUGUUGAUGAUUAUUAUUAUUAAUGAUUAAUAUUUUAAAAGUUUUGAUGAUUAUUAUUAUUUUAAUACUCAUUAUUAUUAUUUGAGUGAUUAUUAUAUUUAGUAUUAUCUAUUAUGGUUCUUAUUAAAAUGCAGAUUAUUGUUAUUAUGAUUUUUUGAGUGCUCAUUAUUAUUGUUACUAUUAUCAUCAUUAUUCUAGAUUCCGAGUGAAGCGAAGAAGCUUAUGGAUUUUACAAAGAUGUUUAUGUUUUAUUUUCAGAUUUGUUAAGGAAACUCCUGGGGAAAUCAAAAAAUGACCUCUUUAAAGUACCUCCGCAGACAGAUUUCAAUUUAGAAACAUUGCUAUAAUUUUAAUUUGAAGCAAAAUUGUUUGUAGGAAAGUUGUUCACAGGAAAAAAAAAGGCCGAACGAUUUUUCAACUAAUAUCUACAUUUCGUACAUUUUCCCGUUUUUCCUCCGUUUGCAAUUAAAAACAUUAAUUUCAAAUAUAUCUUUUGUAACUACCCACUGCCCAUGGAUUUUCAAUAAAUCGAAAUGUAUUACGAAAGUGUUUGAUAUCAUUAAAACAACUGUUCAUUUCGUUUUUUAAAGUACCUAAUAAUUUAAGGAAUUAUGGUUUUAGAGUUUCUGUAUAAGUUUCGUUUGAAAAACAUUAUUUUCUCUCGUGAUUGAAAUAGAAUUUGGGAAAUCUUGAAAAACCAUUGUCUGAUACUUCUUCAAUGUACAUUUUGAGUUUUUUUUCGAAGGCAAAAUUCUUAUUGGUUAUGUGCGUGAUAAGUUUAUUUUCUCCUUGCAGGUUAGUUUGAAGUGUAUUCAAACUUUAAAUUACAUCAGCAAGUAAUGCAAGUUUGUACUAAAAUUGUAAUGUUUUUAUUUCUGGAAACUCAACUUUUUGUUUCGUAAAGUUUUAAAACUUUACUUUUAUUAGCCAUCGUACAUCAUUAUAAAUUAUUACAUAUCUCUUUAUUGAGAAUUAAAUAAAUUCUAAAUAAGUUCUGAAAGAAACUCUUUAAACUUUCGAUGAUUUAAAUCUCUAGCUCUGAUAAAGUUAACGAUUUUAAUAGGUUUUUUUUUUGCCAAUACUAAAAUCAUUUAGAAAUUAAUAUGAUACAUUUUCCUAGUGUGAUAUGUAAUGAAAAUCCAUUAAUUUAAAUUUUAGUUUUUCAAUUUUAUUCUUAAUGAAAGUAACAAGACUAGAAUUAUUUCCAAUCAUUGAAGUACACCCGUUUGUACAUAUUGAAAUUAACCUUUGCCAAUCUAUUUUAUAUUUUUCAAAAACCAUAGAAAUUGUUUCAAAAUAAUCUAUAAACCAUUCCACGAGUUUGGGUUUUCAUUGGUAUGACUUUCAAACAAAUUUUCUUUAAUAAUAUUAUCUUUUGAAUAAAAUCUAACAAACAUAACCAACUGAGAAAUAAAAGUUAUAUCUACUAACGAAUCUAAUGUUAAACAAAAAAAAAAUUGGCAUUCUACUAAUUCAUCGUUGAAUGAAUCGAAUACUUGAUUUCCAAGAUGUUCAACGCUACGAACACAUGUAGUGUUCGAUAGCUGCAGAUUGGAAAAUUAGUCACGUAAUUCUUAAAAUUGGAAAAAUUACAAAAUAUAGUGUUUACAACUGUUUCAAUACAAUCUUAUAUAAGUUCAGCAUCCGAAAAUGAUUUCAUGCGUUGGGUUAACAAAUGUGUCAUUUGGUAAGAUGUUUUUGUUGAAAGUUCACUUUUAAUUAGUAAACCGUAAUGUAGAUUGUUUUUCGAAAAAAUUGAUUUUUUUAAUUUACUUUUGUUUAGAAAGGAGAUGGUAAAUUUUAGAAAAUUCAAAAUGUAGAGUUUUUGGGAUAUUUUUAGUUUUACGACAAAUUAAACACAAAGCAUCGUGUUUCUUAUCAGAAAUACAGAUAUAUUCCACUUCCCGAUUGUCUGAAAUAUUCUGUGUUUUUCAUCUAUUUUACGUUUUUCCACCAUAGACGAUUAUAAAUUAACAGCUUAAUUAAAAACAGAAUUAAAUACUUUAAAAAAAUGUGAACAAUUACAAAUGAACAAUGAAGACGAACUAUUUUUACAAGACUACGUGGUAACACUACGCCGCGAGAUGUAAAUAAAAAAUCAACGUGGGUUGAAUAAUAAUUUUUAAAUACUUAUCGCAUCUACAUGUCUGUCAAAUCGAUGAUUCAAUAAAAGUAGAAAUGAUAAAAUAAACAAGAAUAAUAAGAUUAGAGUUAUCAUUAAGAGGACGUUAUAUUCGCAUUUACUGUCUCAGUCCAACUACCGGGUAACAUGCAAAAACAAUGCUUACGCAGAAUAAAUAAAACUAACUUAAUUUAGGUUUUAGAGUAAAAGUACCUAUUAUACAAUUUAUAGAGAAUAAUAUUUUGGAGAAAAUAUCAUGGGACUUUUGUAUUAUUCAAAAUAUACAGUUCGAUAUAAAAGAUACAAAAACCUUUGAUUUUUUUUUUUUUUAUAUUGAGCUGUAGCUUUUUCAGUAGUUUAUAAUUUAAAAAACACCUGUGACAUUCCAAAAUAUUGUUCUCUAAAAAUUGUAUAAUAGGUACUUUUUCUCUAAAAUCAAAAUUAAGGUAGUUUUACUUACUCUGUGUAAGCAUCGUUUUGAAUUUUACCAGGUAGUUGGACUGAGACAGUAGAUGCAGGUAUAACGUCUUCUUAAUCGAAAUAAACUGCAUCCCUAUCUAUAUAAUUUAUAUACACGUAAAUACCCAAAACUGGACAAGAUCACCAAUUAUUUUGAUUGGUUUAAGUUGAAUUAUCGUAAAACAAAAAGAAAACUCCAAGCAAGAUUAAAGCUAAGUUAUUAACAGAGAGAACUUACUUACUUUUAAUUUUUAACUUAUAGCACUGUCCAUCUUUGUAUAGAAUUAGGUUAACUAUUUGACACUGAUGUUUUUAGGUAUAUUUUCAAACAAAUAUUCGACAUUACAAUAUUUUUAACGGGAAAACAGAGAUUAAUAUUUGUUGAACAACGGUAUUUAUAGGUAUUAGUUAUACUCUAAUAAUUAUAAUAAAAUAAUGCGUAUACAGACAGAAUUAGCUAGUUAUAUAAAUUGAUACAAACGAAUUAUAUUCCAAAGUGCCCUUGUUGAAAACAAAUCGAUCAGUAUGUAUAUUGUAUAUGCCUAUCUAUAAUGAGCGUAUAAAUACAAAAUUAAUCUGUUUAUACAUAAAACACUAUUUCAACUUUUUUUUUUUUCUGUGUAUAUAGCUGUGCACAAAUUCAAGUGAUACAAGCGAUUGGUGUGUAGACACCGAAGAGACGUUCCGUGAAAAAGUAAUGAUUUAUUAAGGGAAAAAUGCGUAUAAUUUGAAUUGUUUUUCUUUUCUUUAGGGCCGAAUAAGUAAAAAAUAUGCAGCAGGAUUUAUCGUAGACAAUAUCGACUUGAACGACCCACAAGGUUGUUGUCAUUGUGACAAUCCGUUCCCUUCGUUUUAUUACAUUUUAGACGGUUGGAAUGAAAAUCUUACGCAAAAAGAUUGUCCCUUAAUGCAUAAAAAAUAA